GCGCGGCGGCGGGCAUGGCGGAGGCGCGGCCGGGGCCCGCGGCGGGGGCGCAGCUCAGCGCGCUGCCCGACCACUCGCCGCUGCUGCAGCCCAGCCUGGCCGAGCUGCGGCGCCGGGUCCGCGCGGCCGGCGCGCUGCGGGCGCCGCGGCCGCUCAGCGACGCCUUCCUGCUGCGGUUCCUGCGCGCCCGGGACUUCGAUCUGGACCUGGCCUGGCGGUUACUAAAAAACUACUGUAAGUGGAGAGCAGAGUGUCCGGAAAUAAGUGCAGAUCUCCAUCCUAGAAGUGUCCUUGGCCUGCUGAAGGCCGGCUACCUCGGCGUCCUGAGAGCCAGGGACCCCGCCGGCAGCAAAGUCCUCAUUUACAGAAUCGCACAAUGGGACCCAAAAGUUUUCACGGCUUAUGAUGUGUUUCGUGUGAGUCUAAUCACAUCUGAGCUUAUUGUCCAGGAGGUGGACACACAACGGAAUGGAAUCAAGGCUGUCUUUGAUUUGGAAGGCUGGCAGUUUUCUCACGCUUUCCAAAUUACCCCAUCCGUAGCCAAGAACAUUGCUGCUGUUCUUACAGAUUCCUUCCCAUUAAAAGUUCGUGGUAUCCACUUGAUAAAUGAGCCAAUCAUUUUCCAUGCUGUCUUUUCUAUGAUUAAGCCAUUCCUGACUGAAAAAAUUAAGGGACGGAUUCACAUGCACGGGACCAAUUACAAACAAAGCUUACUGCAGCAUUUCCCAAACAUUCUUCCACUGGAAUACGGUGGUGAAGAAUUCUCCAUGGAGGACAUUUGUCAGGAGUGGACAAAUUUUAUCAUGAAGUCUGAAAAUUAUCUCAGCAGCAUUUCACAGACCAUUAAAGGAGAAGUUAUCUAACGUGAAUGGCUUCCUAAUUAAAAAUACAUGAGUGAGAUCUGACCUGGUUAUAUGAGUGAAAGAAAAAGAAUUUUUAAAACUAAUUAAUGCUUUUCUGAUUGACUGUUUUAAUGUAAAAAAUCUAACUUGAGCAGCAUGGGUAUUUGGGAAACUUCUUUACUUGUUAAAUGCAUUUUCUUUACCUUUGAAGUAAUUAAAUGUUAGUAUAUCCUGAAAGC